AUGCAGCUCCCAACGCCUCCCGGCUGGGGCCAGUGGCAGCAGAACGAAGUGGAAUCCGGCUACGUCCAUAUCGGCUCACCCAUGAUGGGCACCCAGACUCCUCUUCAGCAACCGACGCUGUCAUCUCAGUAUCCCGUGACCCUGGCGCCCUCGCCCAGCCUACAGCAGCCGAUUUCAUACGCUCCUUACACCCAUGGCCUCCCGUCAGUUGCUCCUCUCCAGAUGCCGACGGUAGGGUCUCAGCACAAUCACCAGCAUCAGCAUCAGCACCACCACAGCCAGCAUCACCACCAACAACACCAGAUACAGUUCCCCGAUCACUCCAUCCAGCGACCUCGGAGGAAGCUCGUGAACACGAGGAGCCUCAGAGACACCACCGCGGAAGCCAUGGAAGCCGGGCAUCGGGGGCGCACAACACCGGAGAGGGCCACUCGUAGGGUCCCAAAGACGAUUGUGGCCAACGCUCCAGUCGUGGGCGCGAGCCACGUCGGCAACCAUGUCGAGUUCAACACCUCGGUCGAUAAGCUCAUGAAGAUCAUCCAGUCCAUGCCUGAGACUGGGACCCUCGUCGAGUCCAUAGAGUCGGUUGUGAAGCCGGAGCCAGCCGUUUCGCCUAUUGAUGAGCAGAAGCCUGCCAGCGAGAAACUGACUGUGCGGAGAUUUGUCUGCCACUUCCGUGGGUGCCUGAAAAAGUUCGCACAAAAGGCACAGCUCGACACCCAUGUCCGAUCCCACACAGGCGAGAGACCAUAUGUUUGCGAAUUCCCCAACUGCGGCAAACGAUUUAGCCAGUCUGGUAACCUCCAUACCCACGAGCGCAAGCACACUGGAGAGAGGCCGUAUGUCUGCGAUAUCUGCGGCAGGCGCUUCGCCCAAGGCGGUAACCGACAGGCACACAAAAAGGUUCACCAAAAGACAAAAGAUUUCAUUUGCAGACUAGAGGGCUGUGGCAAGGAGUUCACGCAGCGUGGGAACCUCAAGAGCCACCAAAACAAGUCACACCAGCAGUUCAUGGACCAGACUAUGGCGAGACUGGAGAAAAUCUCGCUGGAGAACAUGUCGCCGGAGGACAGGGAACUCGUGAUAUACCUGGCCCCUCUCUACAAGAACUCGAACAAGGGAAUCAAGGGCCGAGGCGUCCGACCUCCGGGCUAUCGCCUGAGCCGCUCCGACCGCUCAUCCUCGAUGUCAUCGUCGGCUCACUCCUACUCCCCAACCAAAUCUGAAGCGAGCUUGACAUCAAGCCCUUGCACUGCUGGCCCGCCCCCACAGCAUCACUACGGUGGCCAUGCACAGCAGCACCAUCACCAGCAGCAGCAGCAGCAGCACCAGCAGCGCCACCCGGACCAUCAAGAUAUGUCCUCUUACCACCCAUCGAACCCUGUUCCGACACACCACCACCAGCGACCUCAACAAGGCCUCGCCUACCCCCCGGUAUCCUUCGGCAGCGCGCCCUCGGGCAAUAUCCGAUACCCGUACAAUGGCAUCGUUCACCGCUACGAAAUGCCGGAGCACUCGCACCCCUACAGCGGUAUUCCGGUAACGACGUCUUCCUCUACCUCAUCCCCGGUUGCCACCGUUUACAGCGACGACAGCGGCGCCGUGUACCAAAGCGACGACAACGGUGCUCGCGAGUUGGCGUUUGGUGAGAGGAUGUGUUGAAUCUUCGGGUCGCACGUCCCAUCCUCGUCCACCUUUGCCUUGGCUCGAUCUAUUGCGUUUGAUUUCCUUGGA